AUGUACCCUAUUCAAGCCUGUUCUCGAACACAAUCGGGAACUGUCACCUUCACCUCUAGUACCACCAAACUAAGCACUCAUGCCCGCACCCUCCGCUGCCUAACGCGGCUUAACCAGCUCCUAGCACCCUUCCCAGCAGUACCGACCACCGCAUGUGAGGCCAACGAGACUCUGGGCAUAAAAAUCAAAAGAGUUGGUUUCAUCAAUGCUAACGGUAAUAUCACUGACCAGAUGGAUGCUGACGUGGAACUCGCUUUUGAACCGGCUGCUUUCAGGCCUUUGAAGAGGAGCGGUUUCAGAAUGCAUCACUGUUGCGAGCAUGACAGAAUCGAUCUAGACAGCAUGGGCUUGGCGCAUCUCAGGGUCAAAGACGAAGGUAAGACUAAAUUUGGCGGCGACAGCGGAUUGAAAAUCCGGUCGUUCGUGAAGUCCAGUAACCAGCAUCAGUACGAACAGCGUACUCAUUACAACAACUACAAAACGCCUGCAACACCCCGCCUACAACCAGUCUUAGAUGCCAGCUGCUCUUCCUCGAACACGCCGAGUGACAUCUCGACUGUGGAUCUGAAUGCCCAUAAGCAUGGCAGUGGCACUGAAACUGUGACCGAGACUGAGAAGGGAACAUCCAGGUAUGAGAACGGGUCUCAGUGUCAGAGCCAGAGCCAGAGCCAGGAGCAGGGCAACUGUAUGGUGCAGUCAUAUACCACUGAUGACCCCGACGGGCAUGGUGUCUACGUUGGAGUUCGCGAAGUUGAGGAGGGUAAUGGAAGCUACGAGACUCAACACAGACGCCAACUAGCCCAUCUCAAUAACUACCAACCCAAGACGAGCCUCUUUACCCCGCCCUUAUGCUCAUGCACGACUAAGUCUUCGACCAUGACCACCUCAGAAACAAACGCAAGCUACUACCGUAACGCCGAUAUGUCAACACUGAACCAAGACCGACUCUCCGGCGUGGAACUGUUUCUAAACGAAGAGCUUCCCAAUUCCUCGAAAGACCAUGACGCCUGGAUAACGGGGACUGAAACGCCAGCAGCCAUCAAGAUAAUGACCACUGCCCCUCUUUUCCUCCCAACUGUACCUCCUAUAUUCCGGCCAAACCCAGGACAGAUUCUAUUACGCAACGCUUCGAGACUCUGUCAACAGAUCGAGGGCGCUGUUGAAUCUGACUCUACCCGUUCUUCAUUGUCGAUUGGCAAUUUAGGCUACUUUGAAGAAUCGGGGUAUUACCAGUACCCGUGGAAAGUGCAGGAUGUGUAUGUGGAUUAUGUUGAUUUUCGGAGUGGGAACACUCGAGCGAAUCCUAUUGCCACUGUACUUGUUGGGGCUGGGGGCACAGAUGAUUCGAUAUGUAUUGCUGAGUUGAAGGCCGCAGUAGGAGUUUUGCUGUGGUGGUACGAGCAUAGCAAUGAGGUCGAAAGUGCAGGCGAGGGUGAAACUGCUGUUCUUAUUCUGUCCUAUAUCGGCUCGGGACACGGUCGGAUCCUGCAAGCCCAUCACGAUGGGUGGACUAUGGUCGUGCAGCAUUCGUCGUUAAUGACGUUCGAUAUGGGAGACUACUUUGCCGAGUCGGCUUUCGUCCGCUAUACUGCUGGACGUCCUGUUGCUGUCUAG